AUGCCUCGUAUCCUUUGCCUUCAUGGCCACGGAACCAGUGCCUCAAUCUUCAGAUCCCAAACCGCCGCUUUUCGAUCCAAGCUCGAUGAUAGUUAUGUCUUCGACUUCAUAGACGCCCCAUUUCUCAGCCAAGGCGCACCCGGCAUAAACACCAUCUACAAGACUCAAACAUACACAUGGUGGCCUCAAGGCACACCCGAGUCCAUUCGCUUCGCCCACAAAUGGGUAUCCGAUUAUGCGCGCGAAAAUGGACCCUACGACGCCUUUUGCUGCUUCUCUCAGGGAUGUUCUCUCACCGCAACUAUGGCGCUCUACCAUGCCAUGAAUAGCAACAAGCCCGAUUUGGAACCCCUCCCAUUCCGCGCAGCCAUCUUCAUAUGUGGCGGCGUUCCCUUUCUAGCCCUCGAAGAUAUGGGUCUAGAGGUUUCGCCGUAUGCGCAUGAAGUCAACAGGUACACUGGCGCCUUGCUGAAUGAAGCAGCCGGGCGGUUGACAGUGCUAGCUCAAAACUUGUAUCUGAUCAACCGUGGUUUGGGGCUGUGGGAAUAUGCUUCAGAUCGCAAUUUGCAUAACCCUGAGCUUAGGCCAAAGCGCAGUGAUGUUUUUGGCCUUGAUUUCACCAAGUUUCCUGUGAAUGCUCGGAUCAGAAUCCCUACUGUGAAUAUAUAUGGUUCGAAGGAUCCGAGGUGGCCGGCUGGUAUUCAGUUGGCGGAAUUCUGUGAUGAUACCGUCGAGUUUGAUCAUGGUGGUGGGCAUGAUAUUCCUCGUUCCACGGAGGUCUCGAACAAGAUUGCCGACAUGGUUAGACAGGUUAUAGAGAGAGUCCAAACGCCAAGUACGAAAGUUACAGAGAAUGAGAUGGCAUGGAAGGAGCUCUCGGGUCUGAAGGUCGAAUAUACCACCAUUAGCAUAGAUGAGAUAUAG